AGUCUUUCCGCGCCCCUCCCUAGCGCAAAGGCUUGUGGGCCAGGUCAAUGGUUGCUUAGUGGUGGUGCCGGUUGUGGAGAGCAGUGGCCGCCCACCUCCUGUCCCCUCCAUUCAUCGCCCGUCACAGGCCUGAGACAUGGAGGCGCUCAUCCCGGUGAUCAACAAGCUGCAGGAUGUCUUCAACACUGUGGGGGCCGACGUCAUCCAGCUGCCGCAGAUCGUGGUGGUGGGGACCCAGAGCAGUGGAAAAAGCUCCGUCCUAGAAAGCUUAGUUGGCCGUGAUCUGCUCCCCCGAGGCACAGGCAUAGUGACGAGAAGACCCCUGAUCCUACAGCUGGUUCAUGUAUCCACUGAUGAUCGGCGCAAAACCUCUGGAGAGGAGAAUGACCUGGACACCUGGAAAAAUCCAAGACAGUUAUCCAAAGGGGUGGACGCUGAGGAAUGGGGCAAGUUUCUCCAUACCAAGAACAAGAUUUUUACAGACUUUGAUGAAAUUCGGCAAGAAAUUGAGAAUGAAACAGAGAGGAUUUCUGGGAACAAUAAAGGUAUUAGUUCAGAACCCAUCCAUUUGAAGAUAUUCUCUCCCAAUGUUGUCAACCUGACACUGGUGGAUUUACCCGGGAUGACAAAGGUACCUGUAGGCGACCAGCCCAAAGACAUUGAAGUUCAGAUCCGGGAGCUCAUUUUCCGGUACAUCAGUAACCCCAAUUCCAUCAUUCUGGCCGUCACUGCUGCCAACACGGACAUGGCUACGUCUGAGGCUCUGAAGGUUGCCAGAGAGUGUGAUCCGGACGGGCGGAGAACGCUCGCUGUCAUCACCAAGCUGGACCUCAUGGAUGCUGGUACAGAUGCCAUGGACGUUUUGCUGGGGAGGGUCAUUCCUGUGAAACUGGGCAUUAUUGGAGUGGUCAACAGGAGUCAGCUAGAUAUUAAUAACAAGAAAAUUGUUGCAGACUCCAUCCGGGAUGAGUAUGCUUUUCUACAGAAGAAAUACCCAUCUUUGGCCAAUAGAAAUGGAACCAAGUACCUUGCUCGGACACUGAACAGGCUGCUGAUGCACCACAUCAGAGACUGCUUGCCGGAGCUGAAGACCAGGAUCAAUGUUUUAGCAGCUCAGUAUCAGUCUCUGCUGAACAGUUAUGGCGAGCCGGUGGAUGACAAGAGCGCCACACUGCUCCAGCUCAUUACAAAGUUUGCUGCUGAAUAUUGUAACACAAUCGAAGGAACCGCAAAAUACAUUGAAACCUCAGAGCUGUGCGGGGGUGCUCGAAUUUGCUACAUUUUUCAUGAAACGUUUGGGAGGACGUUGGAGUCUGUAGAUCCAUUGGGCGGCCUGACUACGAUUGACAUCCUGACCGCUAUCAGAAAUGCAACUGGUCCCCGGCCAGCCUUAUUUGUUCCAGAAGUCUCCUUUGAGCUGCUUGUAAAGCGGCAGGUGAAACGAUUGGAGGAGCCGAGUUUGCGCUGUGUGGAGCUUGUCCACGAGGAGAUGCAGAGGAUUAUCCAGCACUGCAGUAAUUACAGCACACAGGAGCUCUUGAGGUUUCCUAAAUUGCACGAUGCCAUUGUCGAAGUCGUCACAUGUCUUCUGCGGAAGCGACUGCCAGUGACUAAUGAGAUGGUUCACAAUUUAGUGGCGAUUGAACUGGCUUACAUCAACACCAAGCACCCUGACUUUGCAGAUGCCUGCGGAGUGAUGAACAACAACAUAGAGGAACAGAGGCGGAAUAGAAUAGCCAGAGAUUUGCCCCCUCCUGCAGCGCCCAGAGAUAAGUCUACUAAAACUCAAGGGCCCCUGGCCCCUGCCUCUCUGGAGCCUUCCCCUGCUACUUCAGCUGAUACUGAUGGCAAGGCUGUACCAGCUGUGGGCACUGGUGACAAUAUCCCUGAUGCUGGGACUGGUAAUUGGAGGGGGAUGUUAAAAUACUCAAAAGGAGAGGAGCUGUCAGGUGAAGACCGGAACAGAUCAGCCCCUGCCCUUCCUGCCAGCCCUCAGAGGGGUCAUGCUGUAAAUCUGCUGGAUGUGCCUGUGCCCGUUGCCAGAAAACUUUCCGCCCGAGAGCAGCGCGACUGUGAAGUGAUCGAGCGAUUAAUUAAAUCUUACUUCCUAAUAGUACGGAAGAAUAUUCAGGACAGUGUGCCAAAGGCUGUAAUGCACUUUCUAGUGAACCACGUGAAGGACGCCUUACAGAGCGAGCUCGUGGGUCAGCUUUAUAAAUCCAACCUGCUGGAUGAUCUGCUCACCGAGUCUGAGGACAUGGCCCAGCGCAGGAAUGAGGCGGCCGAUAUGUUAAAGGCUUUGCAGAGAGCCAGUCAGAUAAUUGCUGAAAUCCGGGAGACACAUCUCUGGUGACCAGGAGUUCAAAACGUCCCAAACCAGAUGGAAGAAAAGUCACACAACUUGUAGAGGAGCUCGUCAGUCCGCAUAUACUUGAUCGAAUUCCUGCUAUCCGUAUACAGUACAUAUGGGGGGUACGGAUGUCCAGAAGGGAACCUGAUGUAUUUAGGAAAAAGCUAUACUAUUCACACAAUUAAUAUUGCGUCACAAGUAUCACCCCCACCAUACAGAUUUCUGUUGUGAUUCGAGCUGACCAACUGUUGUGACAAUGGAGCAAAGCAUGCUGGGAAGCCCCUUAUCGUUCCAUUUCACACACAUGACUGUUCCAUCGGUUUAGUUUUAGGGGAUGUAUGUUUUCUACAGAACCCGUACAGUUCUCUGGAAUUGUGUAAACAUUUGCAUUUUAUUGUUUGGUACUGCACUGAAGUAUUUACACAUUGUCCAUCAUACAAUAAAGUUCACCAGAACA